AUGAAACAAGUCCAUGACAUCGGAGGGAUGUUCUUUGAUAAGCUUGUCGGAGUCCACGAGGCUGGAUUCGAUGAUCCAGGGUGGAUGUUGUCCACAUCGAAAUACCUAGGUAUUGUAAUCGAUGGCUUCUUCUUCUUCUUCUUUAGCACUCUUCUUCCCCAAUCCUCUCUCCUAUUCCCCUUCUUUCUCCUCCCCUCUCAGCACACAAUCCUCAUCCCCGCCCAACCGCAGCGCGAAACCAGUCCACCCACGGCCCGGGCUGUUUUU